AUGGAAAAGUUGAUGCCAAUAAUAUUAGAAAAUUUGAAGGAGUGAUGUCAAGCUAUCCAAAACAAAUUAUACUAGGAAUAUUCAUGACUGGUCCAAAUUUACAAGGCAUUCUAUUUGAUACAUCAACAACCUACCAGUUAAAUGAAACAAGAUGCUUGGAUUAA